ACACACAUCCAUAGAAAGCUCAUGGAUUGAUAUAAAACAUUAUCCCAACUAAAAGGCCUGACCCUUUUUUGUUCGAUUUUAAUUUAUUUUUAAAAAAAUUAUUAGACCAAGACUAUGGCAAGUGUACAGUUGAAUGGUUCAAGCUUAGUCGCUUCUCUAUCUCCAAAUCAUAGCUUUAGCCACAAAACCAAACUUUGUAACCUAAAGCCUUCCUUCUUACGCUCAAGACACAAUGCCACCAGAUUGAGCAGAGCCAAAACCAUCCGAGCCAUAAGCACUGCACCAGCGAGCCAGCCUUCAGUCGCAGAUGAACCUGUCGACGAACCACCAGCUGUCGAUUUUGCGUUCGUCCAUUCGGUGUUGUUACCGGACGGGACACCGGACGUCCAUUGGAGAAGAGCGUGCGGUGGACAAAAACUUAGGGACAUAAUGUUGGAUUCUAACAUCGAACUCUAUGGUCCUUACAGUAAACCCUUGUCAAAUUGCGCAGGAGUAGGAACUUGCGCUACUUGCAUGGUCGAGAUUGUAAAUGGAAAGGAGCUUCUAAAUCCACGGACUGACAUUGAGAAGGAGAAACUCAAAAGGAAACCAAAAAAUUGGAGACUAGCUUGUCAAACCAAAGUCGGAAAUCCAGAUUCUACCGGAUUGGUCGUGAUCCAACAAUUACCAGAGUGGAAAGCUCAUGAAUGGAAUAUCCCUAAGAAUUUACCUAAUGAUGAUGAUUCUGAAACUUCUACGUGAAAGGAUCCAUUAUUUUGUUACUGUUGUCACUAGACUCACUAUAUAUAAAACUGUAACGAUCGAUUUUUUUUUUAAUAUAUGUCGAUAAUUAACCCCA